AUGCUUAAAUCGUCGACCAAGUCGACUCGACUUUCGAUAGGUCCGACAACGCCGAAGCGCGCGCGGAUGACGGCAGAGCUCCACAUGCAUCCUGACUUUCGCAGUGGGAGUAUGAGAAUACGAUUUUAUGAUCUGGAUGUGUGCUCAAGACGAACGAACAGCUUCGGUGGGCCCGUGCGCGAGUAUAACAAGGUGGAGGUGCUCCUCAACAGAAAGAGCUUUAGCAGGAAAUGUGCAAGUCUAACUGCAUCAAGAGGUUUUCCCUCUUAUGGAUGCUCGCAAGGACGAGAGGACAGGAGCAAGUUUGUGUCGAUUUUCAGCAGAAGUAGCAUUGCGAGGCAAACAAGUAGACUGAAAGAACUCGGUCCGGCCGGAAUAUUGAGUUAUGGUUUUCUGAACUCGUGUUUUUACACGUGCGCCUAUUUGCUUUUUCUCAACAACUCUAGCCUUCUCACUCAAGGACGCCUCUUAGAAGCUGCUCUUGUCGUUUGGACCGGUAGUCAAGUAACGAAGGCGCUUCGUAUAUGGCUCGCGAUCGUUUUGACUCCACUGACCUCAGCGAUGUUGAAAGCUGUAGAACAGAAGUAUGCAAUUGGCCGGGCGAAGGCGACUUGGUUAGGUAUCUUAAUUAUGUUGAUGGCAUCUGCCUGCUGCUUGAGCGCUUUCCUAUUCAUUGGUAACGCCUGGUGA